AUGGGUGACAACUUAAGUACACAAGCCUUCAAUGACUACGCCUCCAGAGAGCCAAACCUACAACAGGUUAUGAGCAACCUAACGGCGCAUAUCACUCCAUACGUUUUGAAGAACAAAUACAACUAUCAUCGUUGGUUUAUCAGAUUUGAAGAACUCUGUGUUUUAUAUGGUCCAGGCUUUGCUGAAUGGCUUGCAGCUACCGGCCCCAACGCCGCUGCUAAUCCCAGGAAUGCGUUAUAUAACAUCUGUCUCAAAAGAGCACUUGAAGUGUGUGUUUCUCCAGAAAUUCGUGCUCGCUUCCAAUUCAAUCAAGAAACAGGCCGAGCUAUGUUGCAGAAAAUCAAGACCUAUUAUGGUACGAUGACAGAAGAGGAAACGAUGAAAUACAUGGUUUAUAUGUGGGAACAUUUGUCCAAGGAUAUGAAUCAAGGUGAUCGCUAUAACUACUUUGAUGACUUCCUCGAUGAAUUUAGAAAGGGCAAUGUUGAUAGACAAAGAGCCAUUGGCUAUUUCUGUUUAUCCAACAAACCACAGUUAAUAAGGGAAUAUUUUAUGCAACAUUCAACUGUCGAGCCAAUUAAUGUCAGAAUCUUCUCUGAAGACCUCGAUUUCAAUAUUGCUAUGAUUCCUGACCCUGAUCCAACCCGUAGCGCACCUCCCGCCGUUUCAGCACCCGCAGUCGUCAAUGCCGUGACCAAUCCACCGUCUGGCACAUCACUCAAGUUACUAAAUCAACCACCACAUAAUCCCUCCGCUUCUCCUGAACAAAGAGUCUGGGAGAUUCGCUGUCGUAACUGCCAAGGUCUCGGACAUUGGUCCGCUCACUGUUCCUCCCCUAAACGUGUUGGACCUCCCUUUGAAUUACAACCAGUUAUUCGUCCGACAGAUACCUCCUCCACUGAUCUGUCGUCUAGGAAACGUCCACUUCCAGCAAGUUCUUCAAACGAAAAUUCCUCACAAACCGAGCCCACCUCACCUGAAGCAAACUAG